AUGGAGAGCUUGCUGGAGAACCCGGUGCGCGCCGUGCUCUACCUCAAGGAGCUCACGGCCAUCGUGCAGAACCAGCAGAGCCUCAUCCACACGCAACGCCAGCGCAUCGACGAGCUGGAGCGGCGGCUGGACGAGCUAAGCGCCGAGAACCGCAGCCUGUGGGAGCACCAGCAGCUGCUGCAAGCCGUGCCUCCGCCCGGGCUCGUCCCCCCGUCACCAGCCCCGCUGCCGGCCACCCCGGCCACCGCCGCCUCCGGGGCCCAGGAACAGCUCCGGGACCACGGACAGCUCCCGCCCACCGCGCCCGAGAAGCCCCCGCUUCAGCACCACGGACAGCUCCUGGCGCAGCCCCAGCCGGGCCCCAGCGGCAGGGCUCACGCAUCCCAGCCGCCCCACCACCACCCGGCGGGGCCAGGGGCCGUCGCCGACAAGGAGAAGGAGCGUCCCCCGAGCUGUUGCGCCGCUGCUGGAACCCUCCUUCAGCACAAAUCCCCCGCCGCCCUCGGCAAGGGCGUCCUGAGCAGGAGACCCGAGUGA